AUGCCUUCUUCCUCCACUUGUAUCAAGAUUGUUGCAGAGUAUGCAAAGUCAGGAAGAUCUUCAUGUAAAAAAUGCUCUGAAAAAAUCGAUUCAAAAUCUUUAAGAUUAGGAUCGAGUAUUUGGGACCCACGAGGGUAUGAAAACACCAAAUCGUAUCACUCAGACUGUUUCUUCCCUCUUGAUGUAAACUUGUUGUCAGCAGAAUUAAUCGAAGGAUUUUCACAACUCAAGAGCAAUGAUCAAGAAAAACUGAAGAAACUUAUGACUGAAAGGGAUCAAUCUUCUAAGAAGACAUCUGAUAAAAUUGAUGAAGACAUUGGAUUGAAGAUAGACUUUUCAGCUAAUGAUGUCAAGGACAAUUACAAGGAUGCUAUGCUAUUACAGAAAAGUUACAUUAUGUCCAACAUUGCAAAGCUCGAGUUUGCAGCACUUGAAGUUAGUGGGAAAAACUACGUGUCAUGGAUGAUAGAUGUAAAAAUGCAUCUUGAAUCCGUAGGUAUCUCAAAUACUAUAUAUGAAUUUAAUAAUUGA